AUGCGGCGAGAGUGGAAGUUUGCUCUGCAGUUUGUGCAUCAGGCAGGCCAGCUCCUCAUCCAGUGCUCCCCGCAGUGGGAGUACGAGUUCAUCGACCUGGACAGGACGGCGGUCGGGCUCGCGCAGCGCGAGCGGUUGCCGACGCAAGCGGAAUCGUCGCCGAUGUUCGCGGUGCUUUCCUACACGGAUCGAGCCGCGGUGGUGCAGUCGCCGCCGCAGCCUGUCACCGCGGCAGGGGGCUCACAAGGCGCCGGCGUCUCGCUGCGUCGGCCAAGCACAAGUAGAGGCAGCCUCAGCGCGAGCCCUGCCACAGCCAACAUCGGUUACCAGCACGCAGAGGAGCACGCUUUCACGAGCUCGAGGGAGGUUGGCAAGCCGGCAGAGACGGCGCCAGCAGUCGCGGACGACCGCGUCGACGGCGACGCGUGGUGGGUGGAGAAGUCGAAGGCGGUGGAGCUCUUCUACUGCCUCCCCGCGCCCGGCAUGGACCUCAAGGGGUUCUGCAAGCAUUGCGUGCAGUUUGUCUUGCGUGACCCCCACGUCGCGAGCAUCGACGGCGACACGCGGCUGGCGCGGCUGCACAUUGGCGACAAGCUUCGCUGCACCUACCAGCUGGGCGGUCGCCAUCGCUCCUUCCAGCUGCGCUACACCCUGCACGAUCGCUCCGAGUUGCAGGAGAGCCACGUGUACGCCAUCGGUACCAUUGUCGGGCAGCGCGGCUACUUGCUACGCGCGCGGUGCACGGACGCCGAGGAGUUGGAGGGGUACGUGCGGAAGGUUCUUCUGCCGGUGUACACGUCACCGGGACGGGUACAGUUCGGUGUCGACGUUACUUACCACGACGUUUCCCCGACGACGCCGCUCAGCGAGCAGCAGGAGGCCUUCGGCCAGCUGCAGUACGUCGACCACAAGGCAGCCAUCGUCUUUGUGACUCCGCUGUACCCGAUGCGGGUGCUGCCCGACUACUCACCGGCGAAGACGGUCGGCGUGGGAUCCAUCACCUGCCUCACCCUGAAGCUCAGCGUGCACGAGCGGCUGCUGGACGACAUUGCCGCGGCGGAGAUUACCGGGGUCGCCAAGUACAAGGUCAGCCCCAUCAUUGCGUGCGUCGAAGUCGAGGAGGUGUCGCGCAUGGGAUACCCAAAGGUGAUGUCGACCGAGCAGUACAGCGAGCUCAAGGCGGCCCGCGUCGCGGAGGUGUUCCCGGAUGCGAAAAUGGUGGGCCUUCCAUCAAACUUGUUCAUGGGCAGCCGCACAGGGCGCUUGCGCACCAUGACGUUUACCUACGAGCCCCUCGGCUGCGUCGUCAAGGCGCUCAUCGCCUCAACCCUCGUCGGCAACCUGGGCGUGACGGCACUCUACAUCGCGAAGUUCAGCGGUGGUGUCUUCGACGCCCACCUUUACGUGUUUCAGCAGCUUGUGCGUGGGAUGGGGUACCUGCCGCAGAACAACGCCGAGAAGAGCGCGCGCGUUAGUCGCUACCGUGCGCGAAACAUUCGCCUCAUGGAGGAGGACGUCAUACACGCGUACAGCGACGACAAGCAGCUCGGCGACGCGGUCCCGCAGCCGGUGCAGGGCGCCACACCAGGCUCGCCGUCGUCGCUGUCGACCGCCGCUGCCACGCCGCACCCGACGAUGCUCGCCGCCAGGGAUCCUCGUAUCGUGGCCGCGACGCGCGAGCGUCACCUUCACUUUCUGUCACUCGGCAAUGACGGCCGCGUCGAAGGCGGCGUCGAAGCGGUGGUGUCGCCAGAGGAAGGUGGCAUUGCGCCUACUCGCCGCUCCGUGUCUGCCGCCAACAAUGAAGGCGGCCUGCACGCGCACGGCGGGUGCGGCGGGGGAUCCGAGGCGGAGGGCGCAAGCGCCUUCGGCACUGAAGCCGCCCAAACAUCACUGAUUUCGGCCUCCCUGCUCACGGCGUCGCUGGCCAGCGACGCACUCGUGACGGCAUCGCUACCGGCGUCGGCGCUCGUCCCCACCGAUGAGGCUUUCAGCGCGCCAGGCGGCGGCAUACUUGACGCGUUGCAUGCCGAUUUCUCUUCGUCUGCGGACAGCAGCUCGCGCAUCAGCGUGACCAACAUCUCCCACCUGCGGGGGAGCGGCUCGGCCAGCCUGGCGGGCGACCACAGCGACGCCGACGACGCCAUGAGCGGGUUUAUGGAGGACGGUCACGACGCCUUUGCGUGUAGCCACGAGGAGGCAUCCGCUUCUGUGGGUCCAUCUGCGGCAUCGCUGGCCGGCAGCCAUCCACGCGCCUCCGUCACCGAGAAUGGUGACGGCAUCGAGGCAUGUACGUCGAUUUAUCGUCAGAGAGGCAGUGGCAGCAUACUCGCUGUAAGCUGCAUCUCCAGCGCCGCGGCAGACGCUGGCGCCGGAGAGGUGCUGAAAACCCAGGUCGUCUGCUCCGGCUCUGCGCUGCCCACUAGUGAACUGCCCGACGUCAGUGGCGACGGCGACGCGGUGGGUCGAAGCCCGGAUGUAGCGGCGAGGCUGGGUACUACUACGUGCCCUUCUGUGGUCGACAACGCUGACACGGCCGCUGCCGAGCAGCUGAAGCAGCGGCAGCUCUACGAACAGCUGGUUGGCAAGGGCGACCCUGUCGUUCAGCAGGCCCUGCGUGAGGCAGAGGGCGGCACCCUCUACGGUCCUUCUCUUCGCGAUGUUUACGCCCGCUGUUGUGAGGCGCAGCAGUGCCGCCCGAACAGCUACUUGAUGCGCAAGCUCCCGGUGCAGCCGGAGUUCACCUACUCCGUCGAGGAGAUCGACCUCAGCGCCAACUACGUCGGCCACAACGGCUUCGUCGCUGUGCUGCACCUCCUUGAGCACCUACCUCGUCUCCGCGUCGUGUACUUCAACAACAUGUCCCUGGAUAACAUGGACGCGGAGAGCCUGUGCUACGCGCUAGCCACAAACCACACGGUGCGUGAGGUGCACCUGGAGCACAACCCCGGCAUCUCUCUGCCCUCCAUGCGGCACUUCACUGCCCUCCUGCGCGUGAACAGGCGCAUUGAAGUCCUGAUGUUGGCAGGGACGCGCCUGAGCCCGACGCUGAUCGCGAAGCUGCAAGAGGAGGCGUGCCAACCGCGGGAUUGA